CCAGCUGGAGAGCCCCACUCCUGCCUCUCCAGCUGCUUCCUCGGUGGCUCUCUUAGAUUCUCAACGGGUUCCAAGGAAACAGGGAGACUGGGGACGGAGCUGAGCUUCUGGGACAGAGCAAGGGUGGGGUUUGUGCUGGGGGAAGGCUGCCUCCCAUUGUGAUGAACUCCCUGCUCCCUGCAGCCUCCCCGGCUGAGCCCAUCACGUGCUCGGGAAGGUGCAAGGUCCAGCGGGGCAGGGAUCGCGGAGCCGAGGGCUGGCAGCCGGCUGCGGAAUGAAGCGCCUGCUCUCCCUGCUGGGCAUCCUGCAGCUCCUGGCUGCUACCGCUGCCGUGUACAAGCAGUGGAUCCCCAACACCAAUUUCGAAACCGCCUCCAACUGGGAUAAAGGCAGAGUCCCCUGUGCCAGGGAUGUGGUUCACUUUGAGAAGGACAAGGUUGUCUCAGUCUUCGUCGGGUCUCCCCACGCGCUGACAGACAUGUACCUGCCCCUGAAUGGAGAGUUCCUGCUGGCAGCUGGUGCAGCCUUCACAGCUUUCGAUGGCAGCUGGGAUCCAGGCUGUGACUCAGGUGGAACAGUGAGGUUUGCUGAUGCUGAGCAGCGCUCGUGGUUCGACCCCACGCUGUGGCGGGAUGUCCUCCCCAGCGGCGAGCUCAGGCCCGGCGGGCCCAUCUUCUCGGUGCAUGAGGAGCGCGUCCCGUGCCGCCACGACGAUGUUAUCUUCCAGCCCGAAACCUCCUUCCGGGUAAACACCGACUCAGCGCAGCCCGUGAUUCAGCUCCGCAGCAUCUCUAUCAUGGGCCAGGAGCUGAACACCCCAUCAUCCUGGGCUGGGUACCUGGGGGGCCCCUCUGCCCCGCUGCAGUUUCAUGGCAAUGGCACUCUCCAGGUGACAGGCACUGGCUGUCCUGAUAAAUCUGGCUGUGCCUGUGGGAACGCCCUGGAUGGCCCCCGCAUCUGCGCAGCCCUGCUCAGGGCACCAGGGAGGCAGUGCCCAGAGCCAGCGUGCCAGAGCCCUCUGCAGCCCCUUGGCCACUGCUGUGGGGUCUGUGGGGCCACCAUUGACCUGGAGUUCACUCCCGAUUUUGACCUGCAGAAGUACCAGGACAAAUUGGUCCAAGAGUUGCUGAGCCAGCCCAGAUACGCCGGUGUGCAGCUGGCCAUGUCCAAGGUGCACAGAGCACAGACCUUCCUGGGCCUCGUGUCCCGCGGCACCGCUCCUCUCAUCCAGAUCGUGCUGAUUGAUGACAGAGCGGGAGCGCAGGCGGGCACCUCUGCCGAGCAGCUGGCAGCAGACAUCAUGCAGGACAUAGCACAGCACGGUGAAGCUCUCGGCAUUUCAAGUGGCAAGAUGGAAGUGGCCACUGGCAGCACUGCCACUGGGCAGGUGGGGAGCCCCCCAGUGAGCAGGAUCGCAGCAGGGACGGUCAUGGGGCUGCUCUUCAGUCUCCUGUUCCUUGGAGGGAUUCUCUUUCUCUACAGAAAGGGAAAGCUGAGGUUGCCUGCCCUGCGCCCGCAGCACCCCUGGGAGAGGAUGGAGGAGCCGGCACCCCCUGCACCAGCCAGCGACAAAGGCUUUGACAACCCCGUGUUCAGCGUGGAGCCUCCAGAUGUUGACCUUGCAGAAGUGGCAUCCAAAGAUCUCCAGGUUUUCUACCUCAACCCUCUGUACAGUGCAAGCGAGACAGAGACCUGAUGGUGUGGACUCACGCUGGGGGCAAACCCCACUCCCCUGGGGAUAUCACCACCUCUCCAGCCCUCACAGCCCCUCACAUCACUCCUGGUGGGAUUCAAGCCAGAAGCAGAUCCCACCUGAAUAAAAGUGUCUGUGCAGUGAAGGAAACCAUAGCAAGCCUUCACUGCUGGGACUCAGUCACAUGGA